GCUUUCUUUUUUAUCAGAGCUUUUAUAUAAAGAGAAAAGUUUUCCUCUCUCAAAAAACUUUCUAGGCUGAGCGAGGAUUCUCUAGUUACUAUGACUCCUGAAAGAAGUUAUUGGCUGUCAACAGUCAUCUGAAUCAUCAAGCUAGAGCAUCAGUUUUGCUACUACUGCAGCAAAUCCAGCAGUUGGGUGAGGGAACAGGGAUCGAGAUAUAACAGCUACAAAAGCAGCCAUGGCAGGCUGUGCGAGGAUUCCCUAGUUACUAUCACUCCUGAAAGAAGUUAUUGGCUGUCAACAAUUAAUCCCACCACCACAGACCAUCGCCAUGGGCAUUGCAAUAUCCAAAGCAUGCAUCAGAGCAGAACUUGAGAAAAUGCAAGCUACUUUAAAUGGAGGAAACAUCCCAGACGUGGCACAUAAAAUUCAAGAUGACCUGGAUUUAUUGGAAAAUACUGCAGUAAACAUUGCUGUCACAGGAAUAUCAGGUGCUGGCAAAUCUUCCCUUGUUAAUGCCCUGCGUGAUAUGACAGAUUGCGAAAAGGGUUCAGCUGAGACUGGGGUUACGGAAACAACCAAAAAACCAGAGCCAUACCAAUAUCCCCUGUUCCCAAAAAUCACAAUAUGGGAUCUACCAGGAGCUGGAACACAAGAUUUUGAAGUAGAUAAGUAUUUAAAGAAGGUAAAUUUUAGCAGCUAUGAUUAUUUUUUCAUAGUUUCUGGAGAACGUUUCACUGACAGUGAUGUCAAGCUGGCCUGUGAAAUCAGGAAAAUGGAGAAGAAGUUUUGCUAUGUGCGUACCAAAGUCGAUAACAGUAUAAAUUCUGAACAAAGAAAACCAAACUUCAAUGAAAUGGAUAUGCUUCAGAAAAUAAGAGAAUAUUGCUGUGAAAACUUGAAGAAAGCAGGAGAGCCCUCCCCAAGAGUUUUUCUUGUGUCAAGAUGGGAUUUAAGUAUGUAUGAUUUCCCAUUGCUUCGAGAGAUGUUAGCAAAAGAAGUAGAAGGUGUCAAGAAACUUGUUUUAAUAAUGGCUUUCCCCGGUUUCUCUGAAGAGAUCGUUGCAAAGAAAAAGGCUGCUAUGGAAGAGCUUAUAAGGAAAGUAUCUUUUUUGUCUUGUGCUAUUGGGGUGAUUCCUGUCCCUGGUCUCUCUCUUGCUUGUGACAUUGGCAUCUUGGCAAUUACAAUGAAACGUAUCACCAAGGCCUUUGGCUUGGAUGAAGAUUCCCUCCGUAGAUUGGGAAACCGUGUCGACAUACCUGUUGCUGAGUUGAAGUCUGCUAUCAAACACAUCCCAAAAGCCAAUGAGAUUACCACAGAAUUCGUAAUUGAUUCCUUGCAGAAGUCAAUGGUAUGGGUAACACUGACAGUGAUAGAGCUGGCUCUGGAUUUUAUACCUGUGUUAGGCUCCCUGGUUGGUGGAGUUGGUUCUUUUGUAACCACAUUCUACAUGCUGAAGAAUUUCCUGGGAGAUGUUCUGAAAGAUGCCCAGAACGUUCGGGCAAUGUUAUAUUCAAGGGGAAAGAGUCCCAAGUAAGAAACUAUUGGUCUGUACAGACAGGCCAAAAUAAACUGCUUUGGGUCACUUUGGAGGUAUGCUGUUUAAAUGACACACACAUCUUAAGAGGCCAAAAGCUGCGCCAAAGCUGCGUUCUAGUCCUUAGGACUGGAGCAUGGCUUUUGUGCGGCUUCUGCCUCCUUAGGACACAUGCAUCAUUUAAACAGCAUACUGAAAAGUGACCUGAAGCAGGUUUAUUUUGGCCUGUCUCUAUGGGCUCCAAGAAACUCAUCUGGACAUAGAAAGAAAGACACACAGUGUAUUACUAACUUUUACCAAAUCAGUCUAUUGCUAUGCUCUGUCUCUUUCAAUGCUGCAACCAGAUAAGACACUAUUUCUGAAUUAGCCUUAACCCUCCCCAAUCCAUUUUCCACUUCAACUGCUAUUAAACUUCAACACUGUAACCCCCCCCCCCCCAAAAAAAAAAGAAAAUUGCCCAAGCAUGUUGCUUACUUUUGCUGUUUCAGGUGUUUCUUCUCAGCUGCUCAAUUCCGUUGCCUUGCUUCUGCCCUCUCAUCUCCACUGAAAUUACCCUUACUAAUAUCACUGAUGAGUUUUUUAAUGCCUUAUACAGCUGAGAUGUAUAAGGUCUCUAUGAUUCUUCCCUCAUGGCUCCUUAAGUCUACCCAUCCUUUCCACCACAGAAGCAUGCAUCUACUUUUCCCUUCUCUCUGGCAGUGCUUCUGAGAUAUGUUCUUGGAUUUUAGCACUUUGUCAUCAUCUCCCUACAUGAUGCCCUUGGGAUAUUUCACCUUAUCAUUCACUAGCACCAAUAUGCUGAUGAUGUCCAUCUCUACAUCUCUACUUGGGAACUUUCUUCAGUCUUACAAGUCUUCAUCACCAACUGCCUGUCUAACAGUUAUGUUUGGAUCACACAUCCCACCAUCAUGUGAAGCAUGGGAUGUUCAAGCACAAACAUCUUCUCUUUGUUCCGACUGUUUGCUCCGAAGAGAAGGAGAAGAGGAUGCGGCGUGUGGGUUCGACUGGCUUAGUUUCAUUUAUAAUUCUACAUGAUUCAAUUAUCCCCAUUUUCUGACAAAAUUUGUUCAUCUUCUAAACAGGUGGACUGAUGAAUGUUUAAGAUGAUGAAAUAUAAGAUAACAAAAUUUGUUUUAAUUGCACAUUGUUCCUGAUUGCUAUAUUGGCCUAAAUUCAAUGUCAGCUUUCAACCAGCGCAGAUCUGUUAAAUCAAACAAACGUGUGUAAAUGUUGAUUUACCAUAUUUCCAGUGAUUUUAUGAGUUUACUUUAUUUGGAAAUAACAAUUAGAUUUUUAAAACCGUUAUCUCUUGCUUUUUAUCAUUACCGUUGCUUAUACUGUUCAGUUCUUUCUUCUCUGUUCAUGUAUUAUCUUGUGUUUAAUUGCUGAAUAGCAUGAUUAUUAUCCUACAGGCCCUGUAUUCAGCCGUAUGAUUCAAUAAACGUCAACCAUUUUAGUUACUGGA